AACAACUCCAGGCAAUGGCUGUCGAAAAUUCCCUACCCAACGGCAGUGCACAGGCACCCAUAGAAGUAUCCUCUUUGCCCACAGUCAUCGGCAUCAAUUUUGGCAAUUCAUAUGCCUCCAUCGCCGUAAUCACAAAUGAAGGUCAAUCCGAGUGUAUCGCUAACGAAGACGGAGAGCGUCAGAUAGCAUGCGUCAUAUCAUUCCAUGGCGAGGAAAUGUAUGUCGGAAACCAAGCAAAGCAACAGCUUGUUAAGAAUUCCGAAAACACGAUCACUGGCUUCCGGAACCUUUUGGGAAAAAAAUUUUCGGAGCUGCCCCAGAUUCAGCCCACGGUUUCCGCGACGGUCAUUCAACACCCCGAUCUUCCGGAUGAACCUGCCUACAGAGUCAAGGUACUCCAGGCUUCCCCUUCGCCCCUUGCCUCUGCGGUGAAUACCAAGAUGAAUACCCCCGCCGCGUCGCAGACCGCAACGCCUCGCUCCGAGCCGAUUCCCACAGAGCGACUCCUCACUCCCUUUGACGCGACAUCGAUCUUCUUUAAAUCCCUUCUGCAGUCUGCUGAGGAUUUCUUAGGGAAAAAGGUUGACGGUGCCGUCAUCUCAAUCCCUGGUUGGUUCGGCGAGACCCAGCAGAACGCACUGCGCAAGGCUGCAGAGGCUUCGGGAAUCAAAGUCUUGCAGUUGUUGGAAGACGCUGGCGCCGCCGCCGUGACUGCAUCAUCCGCGCCUUCAGCAGAGAGUGCGUUCCCCGACCGAACUCAACUCAUUGUUGACCUCGGCGCCUCGUCUCUCUCCCUUACUGUUCUUGCCGUUCGACAAGGCCUCUUCCAUUCGCUUGCCAGCUCUUAUGACCACACGAUUGGUGGAGACCGCAUCGACGACAAGCUUGUCAAAUAUCUUGCCAAGGAGUUCACCAAAAAAACAAAGACGCCGUUGACGGUCUCCCCAGCCACGGACAAGGCCGAUAUCCGAGCUGAAGCGCGCCUGCGUCUUGCUCUUGAGCACACCAAGCGCACCAUCGCUGCCUCACCUGGAGCCGCCACCUGCUCUGUCGAAUCACUCAAAGACGGGCUCGAUUUUAAUGGCAACAUCAACAGGCUGCGCUUCGACAUGGAAGCGCGCUCUAUCUAUAAUGCCGUACACACAAAAGCGCAGGAUCUUCUUUUGAGCGUUGGCCUUGACUUCUUGAACGUCGACGAGGUCGUAUACGUUGGCGGUUCCGCCUGCCUCCCUGGCCUUGACGAGACGCUUGCGCAGAGCUAUCCGGAUACGACAGUGUCCCCCUUCACCUCUGGGACUGUCACUGGCGGCGGUAUCGGCGAUCCGAUGACCAUGCUUGCACGCGGUUGUGCCUUGCAAGCGAGGUUGUUGUCCCUUGUUGGUCAUUCCGGUGAAGACGAAGAGGUGCGGGCGUCCUUCGACCACACCAGCAAGUGGUCCAACGUCAGUGUCACGUCGCGGACUAUCGGCAUCUUGUUCCCCGAGGAGGGUGCGCCGGCCCUUGGCGGCCAAUGGAUUGGCCUCAUCUCCCGGGAGACGGCCGUCCCCGCGCGGAGAACGUUCGCGUUUGACGUCGAUUUGGGCGAAGUGGCUGGGGAGAAAAAGAUUGGUUUCGAGGUGUGGGAAGUCAAGGAGGGCAUCAAAACCGAAACAAUCAAACCCUCGAAGGAGGAUGGUGAACCGGAAGAGGAUGAUGAAGAGGAGGAGGAGGAGAUCGAAAUAAAGGAGAAGACGAUCGAGAAGGAUGUCUUUUUGUCUUCGCUGAGCUUUGAGGCCAAACAGGCACAACAAAGCCAAAGUCGAUGGAAAACAAGAGUGGAAGUCCAGGCCUUGGUGAGUGCGGACGGCGGUGUGGAGGUCUCCGUUUGGGAGGUAGGCAAGCAAGGCAGGGGAGAAAAGGCUUCUGUCUCUUCUCCAUAGUCGUAGUGCUGUUUUAAUUCGUCGACCAUGCGUGAUCUUUCACUUUAGGCUGUGGACAAUAUGCUGCCACUGUUAGAC